AUGAAACUAGAGGCGGGUAUUGGGUGGGAUGAUGGGGAUAAAACCAUGGCGGUGGCGGUUUUAGGAAUUAAGGCUUUUGAUUACUUGAUUUCCAGUUCGGUUCCGGCUGAAUGUUCAUUAAUAGCAAUGGGAAAUGAUGAGAAUUUGCACGAUAAGCUUUCAGAUCUUGUGGAAACCCCAAACACAGCCAAUUUUAGUUGGAAUUAUGCGAUUUUCUGGCAACUUUCGCGGUCCAAGUCUAGCGGUGAUUUGGUUCUUGGAUGGGGAGACGGGUGCUGCCGGGAGCCUUACGAUGAUGAGGAGUCUGAAGGUAGAAGAAUUCGAAAUAUGAGAGCCGAGGACGAGACACAACAGAGGAUGAGGAAAAGGGUGCUUCAGAAGUUGCACACACUUUUUGGGGGAACAGAUGAGGAUAGUUACGCUUUUGGAUUAGAUAAGGUUACUGAUACUGAGAUGUUCUUCCUAGCCUCGAUGUACUUUUCCUUCCCUAGGGGAGAAGGUGGUCCCGGAAAGUGUUUUCAAUCCGGGAAGCACGUUUGGUUAUCGGAUGCAUUGAAUUCAUCUCAGGAUUAUUGUGUUAGAUCAUUCCUUUCGAGGUCAGCUUACAUGCAAACGAUUGUCUUGAUUCCUACUGAUGUUGGAGUUGUGGAGUUGGGAUCAGUUAGAUCCAUCCCGGAGAACUUGAAGCCCUUGCAAGUGAUAGGAUCUUCCUUUUCAUCAUUUUCAGCACGUAAUAGGGGUGAGCAAAUCGAGAGCUUGAUGGUUCUAACAGAUAAAAGGGAUGAAAAUGGUCACAAUUCUGAAUUGGUAAUUGGAAACUGGCCAAAAGUAAUCCCCAAGAUUUUUGGGCAGGAUCUGAAUUCAAAUGGUGCUGGUUACAGAGAAAAAUUAGAGGUUCAGAAAGUGGAGGACAGACCUUGUUACGAGCUUGCAAAUGGAACCAGGUUGCCUUUCGUAAAGGAUGGGAUUCACAGGGCAACAUGGAUGCAAAACAGGAAUGAAAAACCAGGAAACGCAUUAGAACUUGCCACUCUCCAGAACACAGCCAAAACUCUACACCAGAAGGUCAAUGGGUCAAGGGAAGAAUUUCAACUUAACAAUUUUCAAAAUCAGGAGUCGAGGGAAGGAGUUCAGCUUAACAGUACUCAGAAUCAGAAGCUGGGACCAAUGCAGUUUGAUUUUACCGGGGGGACUUCAAGGUCUAUUAUUUCGAGACCACACAACAUUGAGUCUGAGCAUUCAGAUGUUGAAGCUUCUUGCAAAGAUGACCGUACAAGACUUUUUGAUGAGAAGAGGCCUCGAAAGCGUGGACGCAAGCCAGCCAACGGAAGAGACGAGCCCCUCAACCAUGUAGAGGCAGAGAGGCAGCGAAGAGAGAAGCUGAACCGUCAGUUCUGUGCAUUACGAGCAGUUGUUCCAAAUAUUUCCAAGAUGGAUAAAGCCUCGCUCUUGGGGGAUGCAAUUACUUACAUUACCCAGCUUCAAAAGAAGGUGAAGGACAUGGAGUCUGACGUAGGAAAACAUGACAGCAUUUCGAGAAAUGCAUCAACCUCAGUAUCUCAACCAAAUUCAGAAUUACAAAACCGAGUUCUUAAAAUCGACGUCCAAACUGUCCAUGACCAAGUCAUUGUGAGGGUAGUCUGUCCACUGGAUGCACAUCCUUUAUCAAGGGUUAUCCAAGCAUUCCAUGAUGCACGAGUAACUGUUCUAGAGUCAAAGAUCGCCACAGGGACGGAUACAGUGUUUCACACAUUUGUUGUGAAGUCGCAAGGAUCCGAGCAGCUAACUAAGGAAAAGUUGCUACAAGUAUUUACCCGUGAAUCUAAUUCCUUAGCGACUCCUGUAUCAUCAAUUGGCUGA